GCGAAUGGACGUGAAAAUUCCUUCGAAGAAUUUGGGUGCUCAAAGCCGCCGGGUGAGAAAGUGCUCCUACAUCUGAGAGAUAACUCCCACAUAUCUUAAAGUUGUUCUUGCCAGCACUCCGGUGUGAGUAUGGAUGCAGGAAGAACGUUAUAACCACGUCGUCGUCCGCAUCGAGUGUAUGUCUGUGCUCAUAAACCAGGAUCGUGCAUAAGAGGACAGAAAAAAGUUCUAAACUUUAAUGGAUGUUUGAGAAAGUUGUUCUUCUCCUAGGAGGCAUUCGACGAGUACUCCAAAAGUGGUAAAACCAGCAGCAACAGCAGCAGCGGGAACAAACAAAACCAAAGCCAAGUAAACAAUUGUUCUUUUGCAUAAUCGCACCGGGGGAGUCACAAAAAACUGGAAAUAGUUGUUCUGAAGUGGCACAGUGUGGAAAGACACGAGGUACUUGUUUUCCCCCGUGGGCUACUGGUGCGAAAGUUGUUUCGGCCGAGUUUUCGUCAACCCCCGGCACAAUGAUUGGAUAUACGUGAGAAGAAGACACCAAAAUCAGUACGGAAAACAUUCGUCAUACCAUUCGGAGGUAUGUGAGUGUCGCAACAUAGGAUUGAGAAUAAAAAAAUAGUGUUUUGCAACGGUGCCAAGUGUGAAAAAAGAGUUAUGAAAUAUGUAUUACAGUGUGCCAAAACAUUGCAUCAAUCCAGCCAAAAACCAACCUGCGGUGCAUAGUUCGUAGAAUUAAGUGUUCCGGUUUGAAUUGCAAAUCUAUUCCUUGUGUAUCGUUCAACGACUUUCGAAAAAAAGAAAUCUGAGUAUAUUAAUAGAGAAGAACCAAUAUUGAAAUUUACUCUGGAUUUUUCUCCUGAAAUCAAACGUAAGGGAAAACUAAAAGGUGACAUCGCAGAGAUCAAAGCAUAACGAAAAGUGGAAACUGUAUCAAAUCAAAGAUCGUUGUCGGAUAGCAAAAUUCAAAGAACACAAUAUCAAAGGGAAGUAAAUACUGAGGUCAUACUGGAAGGAUGAUUUACUUCUAAAAUCAGGACCUUGCGACGGCUGUUUCCGUAGUCCAUUGCUGAAGGAAAAAAGAAGUCCCUCGACAGGUCGGAGCCAGUAACGUUAGCGCCACAGUCGCAAAGCAGUGAAGGUAUUUUCACCGGAAAAAUGGCUCUAUUAAGGUCCAAUCCCCAAGCGGGGCUUUUCUGUUCCAGACUAGUAAAUACGAAUCCCGAAGGAGCCUGAAGCGAGCGCAUUAUUUUGUGAUUCUAAGGAAAUCCAAAGCACAAAGGGACAUCAAAGCAUAGGAUCUAUAAAUAUCCGCUGCGUUAUUUUUGCGGUACCUUUGGUUCUCCUACCAUCUUUAAAAAGGCAAAAUUUGACGAGGGAAAUACAAAGAGGUUUUGAAUCAAUUAAAAAGGGAAAAGUUGGGAAACGAUACAAAUUAUUUGGUGGCAAACGUUGCAAAGAUAAUGGCAGCAAGGAUCUGUUGCAUCAGCAGUGCUAGAGUAAAAGAAGGGAGGGUUUAGCGCUCAAGGAGAAGGAAAAAACCAAGGGAGUGCCAGUGAAAUUAAUUGCCAACGCAACUGUUUUCACAAGCCUGGAUACUUUGCUUUUUCCGAAAACCAUUUUCCCAGUAUGACCUAUACCUCCCAUCAUCAUCGUCAUCAUCAUCAUCAUCAUCAUCAUCAUCGUCAGUGGUGGUGGUUUCAGUUUGAGGGACAGCAAUUGAGCCGAGGCUUGAUUGAAGUGGAAAUGAAAGCAGGCAGAACAAGUGGCUGUGCAUCGAACUGUAAUAAAGUGGCUAACGAUGUGUUAUAAUUAAAUCACGACAGAUGCGUACCGCGCCACCAGAUGACUUUGGCGGAAGUUGCACCAGUAAAGCACUGGACCAAGUGAGAUAGAAGCAGAGGCAGAGGCAACGAAUGGUUAUUGCUGCUGCGGAAACGGAUUCUACGACAUAAUCGUAAAUUGCGCCAUUUGCAGCUGGCAGGACUCCCAUCAUCGUGCUGUUCAUUUCGAUUCGAAGUAAUCGCUGCUCAUCACGUCCACUAAGUUGAUGGUAACAUAAGCGCACAAAACCACCAGCCCCUUUGUGGUUGACCACAAUAUCGGAACAGUUUUAUCAUCCCAUCGGUAGUAGACCACUUUAGUGCCAUACGGAGAGCCAAGUUGCUAAGAGUCAGUCUCUCAAUUUGUGUGAUAAGCAUAAUAAUAAUAACGAUAAUAAUAAUAAAAAUAAUAAUAAUAAUAAUCGCUGUUGUAGAAAUAAUGAACACGUUCAAAAUGACCACGAUAGCAUUCCGACGUUGGUUGAUGAUGAAACAUGUAAUCAUAAAUGCGUCAUGUUUGCUAAUUAUAUGCACAGCUGCCAACGUUGCCACGGCACCCUCGACGACAGGAGCGGUAACGGGGGUGGACAUCCCAAGAGGCAAGUUUCAAUCGAUUCGUGACACCGUUGGCGCCGGAAACCGACCAGACAAUAAGCAGACGCCCGCUGUGCAUAGAAAUUUGAUGCUUGAGCGAGAAUUUUAUGUGAAUAGCCACGAUAAAACUUUAUCUCCCGUAAAGUCUGAUUACGAUGUUAAGGAUUUCCAGAACAAACGUGACUCUCGGUUUAGUGCAAAUGUGAGGUGGAAACGAAGCCCUAGUAACUCUAGUACAAAUAGCAAUUUCAAUAUUCUAAACUUAUCAAACAAGAAGCUUAGUGAUGGCAAGCGUUUAGCAGAAGAGUUGUCAAACUACAGCCACAGGCAGAUUAAUUACGAGAUAAGUCACUACUACAACUUCAGUGAUAUCAGUGCAUUAGACCUAUCGAGAAACAGCCUAUCGGAGGAACUUCCGGAACAUGUGCAAGGAAACUUUUCCGGUCUCUCAUGGCUAGACUUGUCGGAAAAUAAUCUCACCUCCGCAAUUGGACUGAAGUUUCCCGCACUAAAAUAUUUGAAUCUGUCGAGCAAUCACAUAAAGUCAUUUUCUACCACCCACCUGCAGCAUUUGACUCGGCUGGAUAUCUCCUGCAAUUCCAUAUCCAGUAGGGUAGCACUUCUCCCUCUGAUGCUACGAAAUCUGACCGAUCUGGAUCUCAGCUGCAAUCAACUGGAAACUAUAGACAAAAGUUUCUGCUUCCACACCCACUCGCUGCACCGGUUAGACAUUUCCGAAAACGUAAUCAAGCGGCUGAAUCGUUCCAUUUUCUACAAUCUUAUCAACCUAGAGCAUCUGAACCUCGCCGGAAAUCGAAUCGAUGUUAUUGAAAAUGACACGUUCUCCUAUCUGCUAAAUCUGCAAUUUCUGGACCUGUCGCGCAACGACAUCGGACCGGGCUCGAUUCGGGCGCUUCAGGGCAUUCCGGCACUGAUUGGCCUUUCGUUGGCGUACAAUGCGCGCCUCGGACCGGUCAUGCACGAGUUUGUAGCCUCCUGGAGCUUGAAAGAGCUGGACGCUAGCGGAACUGGGCUGUGCCACAUCCCGACGGCACUGGCGCAGUCGGUUAAAUCGCUGAAGUUGACCAAUAAUUUGCUGAGCGUGAUACGGAGUGGUGAUUUGGACAGCUACCCUCUACUGCAGCAGUUGAUUCUUUCGGAUAACCUUAUAGCCGACAUCGAAGAAGACGCUCUCGGACGGUUGGAGCUGCUGUCGACACUGUUCCUUGACCGCAAUCGGCUGGUGCGCGUUCCGAUUAGCCUCCCAUCGAACCUGAUCCACCUUCAUCUGCAGAACAAUGAAAUUUACGAACUCCUGCCAAACGUGUUUCGGAAUUUAAAAAAUUUAAAGACUCUCAAUCUCGCCGGAAAUAGAAUUGCCUAUCUACCGGAACUGCCUCUACCGGGGUUGGUGGAGUUGAAUGUGAGGCGUAACGACUUGAAAGGGUUGAGUCAAUCAGUAGUGAAAACGUCACCCAACCUGAGGGACUUUCUGCUGGAGAACAAUCCGGUCAAAUGUGCCGACCUGCUCGGCAUUGCCGAGUGGGUUAAACCGUGCCGCGAUGAGAUGCUUUUCGAUGAUAGGGACUAUCCUGACAGCGAUGACAGUGGAAAUGAAUUUGAAAUUUUCGGAAGAUUUACGACCGGUCUCCGGCACAAUAGCUGCUGCCGUAGAGAAGGCAAGAGAAAAACUCCACUGAAGAUGGCGAUGAAAAUCGCUUCAUUCAAAUCGCUGUGCCGAAAUGAAAAUUUAAUUAACCUUAACGCAUCAAAUCGCCUUAAAAGCGAUCAAACAACCGUGAAGCAUCCAUUAGAAGACGAUAAAAUCAUUCCACCGAUAACGAACGCAAGGACUACCACCACGGCCGCUACUACUUCUGCUAAAAUUGGCAUGAUGAAUGAUAAGCUCAGGCCCACCUCCGAGGAGAGUUUAUUAAAGAAUUUAACGACCCCGGCAACACUGUCAGCACAGCUGCAAAUACCGACACCAAAGGUUCAUAAUAACGAAGCUGGUGAGGCAAAUUCUAGCUUCAUUAUCAGCGUCGAGAAGAAGGCAAAUUUAAAUGCAAAUUUGAGUGCUGAAAGUUUGCAAAAUCUUACAACUGUAGCGCCACAAUCGCCCGGACUGCGUUCAACAAUGCCGGCGAUACUGCAGCUUAAUUUUCAUAAUGGGACGAUUAAAGAUGCGAAAGCAGAUAAAGUGGCAACGCUAAAGAAAGGCAAAAUCAGCUCAUUGACAAAGAAAGCGACGAAAAAGAGUCAGAGAAAGUUCACCCCGAGCCCUAAUCCGGAGAGCAAUGAUAAAUUAGAGAAUAGUUCAAGUGUAAACAAAGCCGUCAAUUUAACGGCAAUAACACCGAUUGUUAACGUAACUGGAAGGAGACGUGACGAAGCGAGUGAUAAGAGUGAUUCCCGUGCAAAGGACCGACAGCCCGAGGUGGAGAAAAAACUCAACAGAAAUAGCUUAAUUCAAGCUGAUUCGAUGGCAACAGAAACGAGUCCCGGCCCGGAGCAAACGACAAGUACGAGUGACAAAUUGGUAGAAAUAACAUUGACGACGGCGGCGGCGACGACGACGACGACGGAGAUGCUAUCCUCGUCGUCCGCAUCGUCAUCAUCCCUGACGCCUGCUUUGACCUCGAUCAUGGCAAAAUAUGAGCACACGGCAGAGCAAAAAUGGACAAAGCCAACUACGACGACGACGAUGAUGAUGAUGAUGGUGACGACCGGAGCAAGGACAACAAACGAGGUCUCCAUCAACAAUAAAAACAGCUCUCAUCCGAACAAUACUAAACAAACGAACAGCAGUGCCAACGGCAGUGUGGAACAAAACGUUUCACUCACUACAACUCCGGCGCCAGUUGUGCAUGGAGCUAAACAGACCAACUACGGUAAAUCCAGUGCCAAAGGAAAAGCCAAUUCCACUCGGUACAAUAUAACCAAAGCACGCAAGAAUGUAAAUCAUAUGAAGAUGAAAUUAAAAUUUAACCACGAUCAAAUGCACGAUGAUGAAUUUCGCGACAAUUUUGACACUGACAGCGUAGGUCUGCUUGGAAACAACUUUGGCUAUGGUCAUCCCAGUCACGGCAAUGGCCCGCACAGAAAAAGCAAAUUUUCCAUCUACGACAGCAUCUAUAUGGCGUCGCUGAAAAAUGCCAACUUCGAACCAUUCCAUCAUUCCAUGCACGUACCCAACGCAAACCACUCGGUACUGGCAGAAACCCCCGCUGACAAGACAAGUAACGGCGAAAUUCCUGCCACGUCCGUAGAAACGUCGUCAAAAAUUCUACCGCAAGAAUGGAAUGAUGUACGACCAAUGUCAAGUGGCGGCUCUCAUUACGGUCUAUUCAUUGUGGUCGGGGCAACAUUCGGUAUGCUAAUUUCAUUCGGGUUGUUCCAUCUCUAUUAUUGUCGUGUCCGGCGGGGUCAACAUCUGCACGGACAUCACCAUCAUUAUCAGCAGUAUCCGACCCAGCAUAGUUCUGAUGGUAGUGGCGGUGGCAGUCAUAAUUCUACUCAUCAUCGCUAUUCAUACGCAUUCGAACAGGACGACAGUGAUGAACGUCUAACGUAUACUAUAUCGACCUCGGUCCUAGAUGGUCCUGAGGAGGACGGAUGUUCGCCAAUCCAUCACCAACAGCAGCAGCAUCCACAACAGGAUCGGCAGCGAGAUGUCCUCCAUAUGGACAUACUAAAUCCACUCAAAUCAAAACCAUUGUCACGGAAUCCGAGCACAAGUAGUAGUGCUAGUAGUUGUUUCGACGUCGACAGUGGUGCAUCCAACUGUAGUGAACUGGGUGUCCUCCGGCCAACAGUAGCCUACAGUAGUGAUGAUUAUCGUUCCGAUAAUCAGAAACCCCAGCACCCCAAUCGGAAUGCGUCCAAUAAUCAUAAUAAUUCGGAAAAUCGGACCACUCAUCGGGAUACUGCCAUCGAUAGGUGGUGACGACGAUGACAAAGACGACAACUUCAUUAUUGUACAUUUAAUGAUGCUUACAGUGUGUUUGAGUGAGAGCAUAUUUUUCAUUGAAUGCACUCUCGCACCCUCUCUCUGUCUAUCCCGAUGUCAAGAAUCAAUUACCACCUACCAACGGAGAGACGGUGGGGGAAGGGAUCUACUAUAGAAAUUCAUAGCAGCAUUUGUCCUCACACCCGAUUCACCCUUCCGUCUAGAAUUUCUAAUUGUACUCUGUUACCGACGAACGGACAGUUUGAUUUCGAUUCUGGACAGCUUUGCAGGAACAUGGCCACACAUGGCAGCAGACACUCUGAUGCACUUCGUAGAUUACAGUCUAGGCUGAGCAUCGAUUUGUCGUCCACGUAAAGGGGAAAAUGGCAGACGACUCAGACGAGGAAGGUGGUGGAGUAAAAGCAUUUAUAAUUGCGGUUUGAAGUGAGAGAGAGAGAUGCAUUAAAUGCAUUCAAGAUAUUGCUGCGGUAUGUGUACGUAAUGCGGAACAAUAGUUUGAUUGCUCUCCGGUAGUAGUAGCUUCCUACCAAAGAGCUCGAACGUGCGAAUGAUUCUAAAUAAUUCGAUAUGUGAUCUGAUCUCUUGAAUGUUGGAAGCUUCUCUCUGAACGUGCCAGUGAGUGAAAGAUUAUAAAACCAAACGGUAAGCCACGUGAGUAAUGCUUGUAUGUGAGGCUAUUUUUGAUUGCAGUGAAAUAGAUUAGGUACAAUUCUGGUGCCAACGGGAAUAAAGUGGAAAAUAUCGAGUCCGAUGCAGGAUGAGGAGUGCUUCCACAACAAAACGAUAGAUGCAGGGUAGCGCAAUUUUACUCUCUAAUUAAUUAAUUUUGAAAUAAGUUAAAUGGUAGUCUUUAUUAUUUGAUCUCUGCUAAAUGAGAUGUUGACAGCAGAUGCUCCAGACGGUGGCAUCGUAUAACAGCAAUAGAAGAAGAUGGAGUAAGACCACCAUCCAAAGUAUAAAAUUUAGUGAAUGCAAAAUAAAUUAGCGAAGUUUUUUCAUUAAUUUUUCGAAUCAUUAAAAAAUAUUCAUUUUUUAUAGGCAGGGUAACAAGGUAAAGGUAUUUCUGCAACCACUGCGCACUGAGGCAAAUAAAUCUUAUGAAUUUAAUAAAACCCGACUUAUGACUUUCAAAAGCGUAACUUGUCAUUGAUUUUCGUCUAUCAUUAGGUAGCUCUUAUACGCCUUUAACCAUUUUCUUUUAUCAAGCGUUGAAAGACUAGUGGUCAACGUAAUCUCAACGUUCAUUGUUCGGUUCCAGCCUGUUUCGUUUUAUUAUUUAUCAAAUCAAUGAAAUUCAUACCGAUUUAUUGUGGCUAAAAUUUAUAAGAGGAUCUUAUGGAAUUAUUACGUUCUUUUGCCUCAGUGCAUCAAAUUGGACGCAACAAGCAUCAACAGAUAAGUGUUAUGGUCACAUAUAUUGCAACUGAAUGUCUUUGAGAUCGGCUUACUGGUUCCGGAGAUAUGGCCGGAACAAGUUUCGGUGAGCGUUACAAACUCAAUUUUUUUUUUAUUCUUUAUUAAAGAGUUUUUUAGCCUUGGGCUAGUUCAUUUCUAAACAAACUCAAAUGCGAGACAUCAAACCGCAGUAAUAAUGAGUGUCCCGGACCACAUUGGUCACUCCUGGACAAAUUUCUAGUACAUUUUUACUGUAUAGUAUAUUUUCACAUGCGUAACACAUUUUUUACAUACUUCUAUCAACUGUUACAGAAGAAGUACAGCCUAAUGAAGGGUACCAACAAAUGCCAGAGAUCACAAUUGUUUCACCCAAAAUCCUAUGAUUCAUUGCAUUCAAAAUAAGAUCAUGAAAAGCCCCACUGAUCGAGAAGCUUGUUUUGAUUAAUUGUUUUGACGUUUUGUAAGUUCAGGAGCUGCAAGGUGUUUUAGAAUGAUAUAAGCAUAUUGCUAAUCUAUUCUGUAUUGAACAUUUUGUGGAAUCUUGAGGAUUUCAUAAAGAUUUGACUAUGGGGGGUCGUACCCAGCCAAGCGUUCUUACUCCGUCUUCUUCUAAUAGAGUGAUUUGAGAUUUGGGUGUCACUGUUUUUGUAAACAAUUACUUCAACAAUCGAUUUUUGGCGAAUAAAAGUACAUUCUCGCAAUCUUAGCUCAUAAUAAGUUAGGGGAGUGGUUUCUAUUGCAGUUGGUAUAGGUUGUUUGCGAAAUUGUGAAAAAUAGGUUACGUCCAAAUCUCGAAUGACUUCAGAAUAAGCGACAAUCAAAAAUCACAUUGACAACAGCUUGGGUUAGCUGCACACUUAGAGAGGAUAGUCACCGAUGAUAUUUUUUGGAAGAUUAAGGAGCGUAGGCAUAGUCAUUAGCAAAUUGAUAUUUUUCCGCUCUCAUACGCUCUCAAUAUCAUGCGUGAUAUUGGAAAAAAAAUAUCAUGCUUAAUAUUGAUUUUACAAGCUCCUUUGAUAUUGCGAGACUAUUCACAACGUGUAAAGUUGAAGCUGAGAGUUGAAUCGACGCAAAAAUUAUUCGGUUGCACCUCGUUUUCUUAGAAAGAGAAGGUAUAGUAAUACCAACAAUCAAUACGAAACUAUCAAUUUUAAAUUGGCUCACUACUUGACUAACCUAUUGGUCCCAAGCAAACGAUUAACGUACCCCAUUCUUAUCGAAAUUCUAGUACUACGUAAUGUUUGUUUUGAUUCGCUAUGAAAGUUUGACAGGUAAAAUGAGGGGUUAUUGGUUUUUCCUAUGUUUCGAGGGUGAAUCGAUUAGCUUGGGACCGAAGAUAGUACCAGAGCUGAGCCAAAAAGUUAAGCUCGUUUCUUCGAGACCUUCUGGUC